UGACUGUGCUGCUGUAGCCCGCGCCCGCCACCAGGGGGCGUCCCCAGUACAUGGCGGCUGCGGCUGCUCUGCAUAUGACGGGUAUAGGCGUCAUCCCUCCUCCUCCCCCCAGUACAGACCAUUCAAACCUCCCAGUAACUGAUCAGUGAGGCCGGGGGAGCUGGGAGCAGAGACCCGGGGAUCCGGCAUUUCCAGCAGCCUGUGUACCCCCAGCAACCCCGGGACCCCCGACAUGAGACGCCCCCAGACACUGUGACCAUCAGGGACAGACCGGCUGCUAUGGGAUGGAGCAGGACCAGUAUGAAGCUCGCCUUAAGGAACUGUUCGAUAGCUUUGACGCCACGGGGACUGGCUCCCUGGGACAGGAAGAGCUGACGGACCUCUGUCAUAUGCUCCAGCUGGAGGAAGUGGCCCCCUCUCUGCAGCAAGCCCUUCUGCAGGGCAACCCGCUUGGCAGAAUUCACUUUGACCAGUUUAAAGAAGCCCUGAUUGACGCGUUGUCCAACACGCUGUCUGGUAAAGAGAGCGGCCCGGAAACAGAUACAGGGGAGGCACAGGAGAGGACAGAAAUGACGUAUAUGCACAAAGGCGGCCAUAUGCUGAGGUACAGGAGCACGCAGCCAUGCCUCUCGGUCGCCACAUCUGUUGCAGAUUGCUCCCCUGAAGCCCAGCCGAAAUAUAUCAAGGAUGGAAAGCGUUACGGCCGGCGGUCCGUGCCGGAGCUACAAGACUCCCUUGAAGAGUUUGAUGAAGAGACUGUAAUUAAACCUGAGGAUGAAGAGACGAGGUGCUCGCAGGUCAGCCCCAGGAACUGUGAUGAGCUUUGGAAGAAUGAGGAUGGAGAAGAAUAUGAAGCUGAAGGCCAGUUACGGUUCUGGAAUCCAGAUGACCUCAGCGCUUCACAGACCGUGUCCCCGGAACAGGACUGGGUGGAGGAGAAGCUGCAGCUCAUCUGUGAAGAUCUUGGUAUCACACGAGAUGGUCACUUAAACAGGAAGAAGCUCAUCUCAAUCUGUGAACAAUAUGGCUUCCAAAACCUGGGCAAGGAGGCUCUGGAGGACACGUUGCAGAACUUAGAUCACGAUGACACAAUGAGCCUCCAAGAUUUCUUCCAUGAAGUCUGUAAAAACUCCAAACCACUUACUCCGUCAUCUUCCACCCCGUACCGUCAGCUAAAGAGACACUUAUCUCUGCAGCCUUAUGAUGAAAGUGGGAGGAGAACACUGACUCCAUCUGCCAUGGCUGGAACCGUCGGCUUCCGUUUGUUCUCCAAACUCGAUGAUGGAACAGGUUAUGGGUCUGCGGAGGACAUCGUGGACUUGUGGAAUGAAGAAGGACUCGAGAACAGCCCGGCAAUCCUCAAGGCUCUUGAUUUUAAUUUAGAAGGGAAGAUCAAUCUGACGGAGCUGACCAUGACGCUGGAGAAUGAGCUUCUGAUCACCAAGAAUGAUAUCUACCAGGCAGCGCUCAUCAGCUUCCGCUCAGAGAUCAGGCACUUAGUAGAACAUACUGACCAGACCUUCAGAGAGAAGGAGAAGCUGCGUUUGGAUUUGGAGAAGAAUGAAAAAUUUAAAAGUCUGAUGGCGUCAGAGGUGGACGAUCAUCACGCCGCCAUCGAGCGCCGCAAUGAACACAACCUUCAAAAGCUGGACGAGGAGUACAAGGAGAGGACGGCGGCUCUGAAGAGUGACCUGAGGAAGGAGCGGGAGCAGAUACUGCAGCAAGCGAACCGGCAGCGCCUCGACCUGGAGCAGGAGCUCGAUAAGGUGAAGAUGGAAGAGAAUUACCUGCGGGACCGGCUGACCUUGUCCUUAAAGGAGAAUGGCCGUAUGGAAAGGGAGUUGUUGGAGACUUCGGAGAAGCUGGCGGACUGCGAGUCUUUAACUAUCAAACUGCAGAGGAGCCUGGACAACAUACUGCGGGAGAAGUUUGGCGACUUGGACCCGAGCUGCGUUGAGUUUUUCCUGCACGAGGAGAAGUUGUUGCAAGUGAGGAAUGAGUACGAGAGGCAGCGCAGGGAGCUGCAGGAUCGCAUCGACGAGCUACAGCUGGAGCUUGAAGAUUAUCGCACUCAGGGUGUCCGCGGCUUCAGAUUGUCGCUGAAAAAUUCCUUGUUUGAUGAAAUGGACAACAGAAAUUCCAUAGAGUAUGACCCAGGUAUUGGGUCAGAGGAAAACCCCCCGUUGAACAUGAGCAUAGAGGCAGAGCUGGCAAUUGAGCAGAUGCGGGAACAGCACCAAAGGGAAGUAGAGCAGUUAACUGUGGAACUGGCGGAGAAGACAAGUCACUUCGAAGAAAAGCUAAAAGAAGCGAAAUGCAUAUUUGAGAAAGAACAGGAAUCCAUACGGCAGAAAUUCAAAGACGAAAUUCACAAGGCGGAAGAGCAAACAAAACUUUUCAAAAUUAGGCACUUGGAACUAGAAGCGGACGUCCAGAGGAUGAAAGAGGAACAGCAGCGAGCGGAGUGUGAGCACCGGGACCAGGUGGGCAAGAUGGAAGCUGAAUUCAGCCAACAGAAGCUCCAUCUGGUGGAGCAGGAAGCCGCUCUCCAGGUGCAGCUAGAGGAAGCCAGGCGGACUUACCAUCAGGAGAAGGAGGAACUGGUCCAGAGAGUGGAGGACAAAGAGAAGGAGGUAGAACGUAGACUGGUGGAACUGGUGACCAAGUAUGAAGAGAAAAAGGAUCAACUGGAACAAAUCUUAAAUGAGCAAUUAUCCAAUUUUCAGGAAAGUCACGACGUGGAGAAAGAUAUCUUAAGGAGCCAAUUAUUGGAACAGCACGAGUGUGAACUCCAAGAAGAGAGGGAAAAGAUGAAAACAAAGUCUAAUACAAAAAUAUCAGAGUUAGAGGCUCAGUUUGCAAAGGACUAUGAAUCGGCAGUGAUAAAGUAUGAAGCUGACCUGGUGGGUCUAGAUGAAAAGUUCCAGAAUGACCUUCAAAAGCUCAGGGAUAGUCUUGCAGAAGAGAAAGCUCAGUGGAUGUUUGAAAAGAAUGAGCUCCAUCAAGAGAAGGUGAGGAUACACGAGAGACUGGAAAAACUGGAAGAAGAAAAAGUAAUGUCUUGUUCUGAGCUUUUGCAAGAGAAAGAUGCUCUUGAGAAAACCUACAAGGAACUGGUCAAUAAUCUACAGUCUGAAAAGGAACAAGCGAAUAUCGAGCUGGACCAGCUCCGAAUCGCUGCAAAACAAACCCAAGACAUUCUCUCCGGCAAAAUUAUUCAACUAGAAAGUGAUUUGCGGGAGGAACUGACCGAGCGAGAUGAACAGUUGUGUCAAGCGGAGGAAAACGUUCAACACCUCAAAGAGACCUUAGUAAAACAGGAGACGCAAUAUAAAUUUGAGAAAGAAGAACUUAAUUCAAAAUUGUUUGCUUCAGAGGCACUUUACAAACAAGCAUGUGAUAGGACGGAACUAAAAAGAACCGAAAUGCUUGAAGAAAUAGCUAGACUUCAAAGCACAAUUGAUGAGUUGAAGCAUGAGAUUAUGUCUUUGUCUAAGGUUCAGGCCCAGUGUAAAUUGUUGGAGAAUGAGAAUUCAGACUUGAAAAAUCUUGUGCAUCAGUUCCAGAACAAGGCGGAUGUUCUGGAGGAGGAGAAAUGUGUCCUCAAAAGCCUACAAAUGCUGUCUGAGCAGGCCGUUCAAGAGAAUGUUUUUUUACAGUCAGAGGUUACUAGACUUAAAAAGAAGUUGGACUUGAUGAAAAUUGAGAUCGCAAAUGAUAGGGAAGAGGAUGAUUUAGGCGAGAGUGAAGGAGUUAAAAGUCAAUCACUUAAGGCAUCAAAGAGAACACUGAUGGGCCAAGAUGAGCAGUUGGGUCAUGUGGAGAGAAAUUUCCAGAAUCCGCACGAAAUUAUUGAAAAAUUAAAAAGUGAUCAUGUGGGUGAAAAACACCUCCUCAAAGCCAAACUGUCAGAAUCAGAAGUACUUUAUAAAGAGAUGUGUGAUCGAUCAGAUGUGAAACGGCAAGAAAUGCUUGUCGAAAUAACUAGACUACAAAGUACGAUCAAUGAACUGCAGAACGAGAUCACAUCUUUGUCUCACAUUCAGGCAGAGUAUAUGUUGAUAAAGAAAGAAAAUGUAGAGUUGAGAAAAGUUGUAUCUGAUCUACAAAACCGCUCAAUCAUUCUGGGGGAUGAAAGGGCUGCUCUCCAGAAUCUGCAAAGUGCGCAUGAGCAGACUGUGAAAGAGAACAUUGGGUUCUUAUCAGAGAUCUCUGAACUUCAGGAGAAGCUGAAUAUGAUUGAGAGGGCAUAUGACGAACUGAGAAUAGCUAACAAAAACCCAACUACAGAGAAAUUGCAGGAAGACUUAGAUGAUCGAGAUAAAAAAUUGUUCCAAGUAGAAAAGAAAGUUCAGGUUCUACACGAAACCAUCGAAAAACUAGAGAGGGACCAUAAAUUUGAGAUAGAAGAUCUAAACUCUAAAUGCAUACAGUCGGAAAUACUUCAUAGGAACAUUUGUGAUGAGGUUGAAAAAGAGAGAGAAGAAAUAAUUAGCCUUCAAAGUAUAAUCAAAAAUCUGAAGAGUGAAAUUGCUUCUUCGUGUCAGAUUCAAGGAGAGUAUAAAUUGAGAGACCAAAAUAAUUUUGAGUCUAAACCGGAGUUCCCACUUCAGAGUAGUUCAUUGUUCCUGGAAGAUGACAAGGAUGUUUUGAGGAGCCUCCAAAAUGUUCAUGAGCAAACUGUCAAAGAAAAUGUCCGGUUAUUGUCUGAGAUCUCAAGACUACAGAAGAAGCUUAUCUCUUUUGAGAAAAAGACGAGCAAAGACAGUGUGAAAGAUCAACUGAAUGACCCUGAAGAAGAGGAAAACCAGUUUGGAGAGCUGGUAUUUCAACUUCAAGGUGAACCUGAAGUUCAAGACCUUAUGUACAAUAAGCAGCAUAUGGAAACCCUAGAAAAUGUGAACUUAAAACUUUUGAAUAAAACAAAGGAACUUGAAGAUACCACAGAUGUGUUAUGCAAACUUGAAAAGGGCUAUAGGGAUGUGAAAAACGAAAAUGAUUAUCUCCGGACACAGAUGGUAGUACUUCAGGGAAAGCUAAAUUCUUUAACUUUAGAGUAUGACCAUGUAAAAAAAGCAAUUAACUUGGAAGAAAUAACAUUACCAGAACUAGAGGAAGCUCCCAUGACCAUGCCUGGCCUAAAACUGAUCUUCAUGGCUGCCAAAAAGGAAAAUUUCCAGCUACAAGAAAAGUUGAAGUUCAUGGAGCAUAAAAAUAUAGAAGCGGUUGAAAACAACAAAUUGCUGUCCUCAGAAGUCUCGUGGUUGCAGAAAGAAAUUCACAACAUGGAGGAAAUGACUGAAGCAUCUUUGAAACUUGAACAAUUGUAUGAAGAUGCCAAAAGUGAAAACAGUGAACUUAAAGCACUUGUUCAAUUGAUGCCAGAGAACAUCUUGAGAAUGGAGAGAAUGCACGCUGUGAAGUCAGUGUGUGCUAAUAAAGAAACUCAAACUUCUGACCGAAAUAGUGAAAUAAAAAGUUUACAACAGAACCUCAAUGCCAAGGCACAUUCUCCACUGGAUACAACAUCCCCGAGGCACCACCUGCCUAGAAGUGGUGUGGAAAAUGGGCACAUCUCACCGGAUCAGAUGGGACUUGAAUGUUCUAGUGUCUCUUCAGCAAAUCAAUAUCACAGUAGUUCUGAGGACCUUUCAGAAAUUAAAAAACCGAUGAGCAAAGUGGAGGAGCAUAGAAAUCUUAGAACCGUUUUGUAUACACGGAGUAGUCCUGAUUCAGCAGCAGAAGUUGAAACGAGUCCACGGCUUAGGGGGCUGAAAGUGAAAAUGGAGCAGAAGGCAGAAGGGUCUGGCUGGAAAAAUGAGGUCCAGAAGAGGUUAGAACAUCUGAGAUGCAAAAAUAAGCACUUAAAGGAGGAAAAUGCAGCGUUGGUAACACAGAUUAGUACUCUCAGAGAGGAGGGUGAAGUCUGUAACCAAAAAGUUGCCGAACUUCUGGAUGCCUGUGAAGAGAUGUGGGUGAACCUUGAAACCGCUCAGAAUGAAAAACUGGCUUUGGAGAAGAUGGUCGAUAUUUUAACAAAUCAGGUUGCCGAAUCAAAGUCCAGGAAUGAUCAGCUGAUUUCAGAGAAGGAGGAGCUGUACUUAAAGAACUCAAAGAACCAGGAGGACCUCCAGGAUCUGAACCGUAGACUGAUGGUUUUUCUGAAACAGAAAGAUAGAAAGGAUUCCGCUAAAGGUCUAGAGGAGUGGCAGAAGGAGAAGUGUCAAAUGAGCGAGGAAGUGGAAGGCUACAGGUCAAAGAUUUCAGAUUCGGAGGCAGAAAUGUCCAGGAUGAAAGUGCAGAAUCAUUAUCUAGAGCAGGAGAACGCUGUCCUGAAGCAGGAGGUGGAGGCAAAGCAGCUUUCCAGAUGUUCAGAGAUCACCGACCUGAAGAAGGAAAUUUCCCUCUUAAUAAAUAAAAAUGAAAAACUGCUGAAAGAGAAGGAAACGCUGGAGGAGGAGUUAAACACUUGCGUGGGGAAGUCUGCUAGAGCUGGCUGCCUGGAGAACAAGAUUGCAAGUAUGAAGCAGGAGCAGAAGACUCUAGAGCAGCAGUUGCAGGCGCUACGUUCUCAGGUGUCACUGUCGCAGGAGAAGAUCCAGAAUCUGGAAGAGAAUCUGCAAAGCGUCAAUAUCCAGCUGUCUCGUAUCAAGUCGGAUCUCCGUGUUGCCCACCAGGAGAAAGAGGCUCUGAAACAGGAAGUGAUGUCACUGCACAAACAGCUGCAAACGGCAAACAACAAGAAGCAGGUCCUGGAAAUGGCCAUGCGCUCCUCGGGGCUACAAGGCCAGCACAAGAAGCAGUACUGGGAUGACCUGGAGCAGCUUAUGGAGCAGGAAAAGCAACUUCUAAGAAAGGAGAAUGAACGACUUCAGAGAGAGGUUCAAAAUACAAAGACUGAUCUGGCACAAAGCAGGGAAAAGGUGCGACAACUGGAGUCCUCUGUGAUUUCUCUGAAGCACCAGAGGCAGCUGAGCCAGUCCAGCUUGGUGAAGGCCUUGGAACAGGAGAAGUCCAGUCUGAGAAGGGAGUGUGAGCAGCUUCAGAGGGACCUGAUGUCCGCUAACAGAAAGAUAAGUCAGCUAAGUGCCUUUGAACGAGAAUCCGAAACCACUAAGGCAGACAACGAAGAUUUACGGGUGAAACAGGGGAAAUUUGAUGAUCAUAUUACAGAAAUGAUGCACUCGGCCAACAGUACGCCUCAUAGUACCUCCCAGCUCCAGCAGCAAGCUUGUGCCACCGUGCCUCGAGAACAGUACCUGCAGCUCCAGCAGCAGCUGCAGCAGGCAGACAGGCGCAACCAACAGCUACAGGAAACGAUGGAUCACCGCAGCGCGGAGAACAUCACUCCACAGAGCGACCAGGGGCAGCUGCUGGAGAAGAUGGAAGUCCGCAUGCUGGAAGUGGAGCAGAAACUAAGAAUUGUGAAAAUGUUUCUACAGGAAAAAGUCAAUCAGCUGAAGGAACAAGUCAUCAGGAAUACAAGAGCAGAUGCUACAAUAAAAGAUUUGUAUGUGGAAAACUCCCAGUUGCUCAAGGCCCUGGAGAUGAGUGAGCAGAGGCACCAGACGGCAGAGAAGAAGAACUACUUACUAGAGGAAAAGAUCUGUGGACUGAGUAAAAUAGUGCGAGACUUGGCACCAGGUGACCUGGGCACAGUCCUCUCCCCUCAGCGGAAGCUAUAGAUCAACGAUGGAGGUCCACCAACGCUGUAGAUGAUCCAAUGCUGCUAGAUGGAUAACUCAUAUCACUGCCUCCCGAUACUUCGGACAAACUAAUGGAAAGCUACAGCAAUGACACUUCUAGACCAAAUCUAUGACCACCAUUUACAUUGGCAUACUCUGCAAUUACCCCUUAAAGGGUACCUGACACCUACAGGAUAGAGCCAGACAUUUUAUGGACUCAACCGCUAUUCACUACAAAUGCCGUGCCCCAAACCUCACUCAUAGGCUGCGUGGAAUAUUUGUUGAGCCCAGAAACUGGUGGUCUCCACAAGUGUUUAGGAGAGUGGACCACUUUACCGUCAAUAAAGUGCACACUAAUAUCACUGCCAUGCUCGGGUCUCGGUUGUUGGUGGGACGAUCGCUACAGAUCUUUUUGAAAAAUAAAGAUUGUUUACAUGAAACCUUCACGUGAUGGACUGUUACCGCGGUGGAUAAUCCUUGUAGGACUAAGUGCGGACAGAAAGAUUAACAAUGAGCCGUGGUUAUAGGCCCUUGCUGGUCAAGUGAGCCUCAGCCGUUGUAGCUCCAGUCACUUAUAGCUCAGUGUGUGGCCAACUUAAUGCUCCGUAUACUAAAACUGCCCAAACGCCUAAAGAUUAUCUUUCCAACGAGCCAACGAAUUUGUCACAAUGACGUUUUUUUCCGGCACUUAUGAGGAUAUGGUAAAUUGUAAUCUGCUCCCAUAGAUUACCAGAUUUUCAUUCCAACCAGCUGGUUGGAAAGAUGAUCUUUAGGUGUGUGUCCAGCUUUAAUUUGGUUCUUCAACUUAGUUUGACAGUGGCCUCAUCAUGUUUCCACUUAUGGCUUCCUAACUCACCACACCUUUAUAUCCAGCCAAGUUGUUUUUGUUGACUUUUGCAUACAACACAGAACUGCUCUGUUGUUAACAUUUUAUCCAAAGCUGAUGUGUGUGGUAUCCAAGGGUGCUGGAAAUUGGAGCUUCUUGUGAAAACAAAAGCCCUUGACAUAAAAGUGGGGGAAAUGUAUCAAGCAUUGGAGAGAGAUAAAGAGGAGUAGUUGCAAAGUACCCAGAUAAUAACUGUCAUUUCAUAGACUGUGCUAGAUGUAUGACAGUUAGUAGCUGAUUGGUUGCCCAAAGCAACCAAUAACUAAGCCAAUUGUCACUGGAAUGAUCUAUCAAUUUAUAGUAGCACUUAGUUUGUAAUUGAAAUAGAAUGUGUUAAUGAAUUGUGCAAAGUCCACUUCAAAGGGUCCUGAAAUAAGAAAAUACAAGUUGAUCAAAUAUGAAGCAACAGGUGUUUGUAUACAUUUGCAAACCAAGACAUUAUAUACAUUGUAAAGUGCAAGCUAUUAUAUGUAGAGGGGUGGGUAAUGGUUCAACCAACACAAUGGCUGCCGGGACAUUGUGUGGUCAUUGAGUAAACGUUCCAGUUUUUUGGGCCCCAGAGGUGAUAUUGUAUCUCAAUAAAAACAGAUCGGAGAAAUGA